AUGUCGAAUUUCAAGCUUCGAGAUGUCAUCCACUCAUACAAAUACGCACUGAACGACGAAGAAAAAACAGUUAAGCCAAAAACAAGAAGCAAAGUCGCAAAGCCUUCCAUAAAUAGAAAGAAGAUCGAUAGCAAAAUAACUGAUCGCUAUACAAAGCAAGACCAUGAUCUCAAAGAUUUGCCUCCUUCUGUGAAGCCAGGGCUCACGCUUGUUUUUGUAGGAUUUAAUCCGGGAGUUGAGUCUUCAAAAAAGCAGCACCAUUAUGCCCACCCAACCAAUUUAUUUUGGAAGUUAUUCAAUGCUCUGGAUAUUCUCUCUGUGGUUCUAGAUAUUCGCAAUGUCUCUGUUCUGGCCCAUGGCAAGCUCAUCAGCGAAAUUUACUGUGAUGGAAAAUCUCAAGCACGGGCAGAGCAUGACUUCAAGCUUUUGGAUCUUGGUAUUGGCUUUACUGAUUUGGUUCUUCGAUGCACAAAGCAAGCCUCGGAACUUUCUCUGCAUGAAAAAGCAGAAAACGUGCCAAGACUACUUAAGGAGUUUGAAAUCUCACAAGCUCCAUUCAUAGUAUUUAUUGGGAAAGGGAUUUGGGAGGUUGUUUGCAAAUAUCUUGUGCCGAAGCAUCGAUUGAAUGCGCAUAAUUUUUCUUGGGGUCUUCAGAAAGAUCUUCUCGUGAUGCUGAGAUUCAACACAUUUUGUCUGCAUCGGCCCGAAGUUUAUGUAUUUCCAAAUACCUCCGGCUUGGUUGCACUGAUGAAGUAUCCGCAAAAACUUGACUUAUGGCAAAACCUUGUGGCAGAUAUGCGAAAGAUCCCGGAUUCUGAGAAUGGAUAA